AUGUAAAAUGUCUAAGGUUGUUCUUCUAAAACUCAAUGGAUUGAUCAAACUUAUUAAGAAUGCAGAAAUUCUAAUUAAUUCAAGUUAAUGCUAAAUGAAUUUAUACAUCUAUAACAUCAUAAACAAUGGAAUCAUCAACUUAGACUCACAGAAAUAUUACUGUAUUAAUAAUUAACUAUCAUGUAUGAUGGAAAUCUUCUUUAAGAAUAUUGUAUACUACAUCCUAAUGUAUUAAGUAUUGGCAUUCACAAUAUUCAAUUAUCAUAAUAUUAAAUCAAGUAGAAGAGUUUCCUGUUUAAUAAUAAAAUUUGUUAUUUAAUUGCAUUAGGUGAUGAUAUUCUGCUUCUUUUUAAAGAUGAAGAAUUGCAAUAACAAUGGUACUAUUCAAUGAAACAGUUUAGUAUUAUGAAAUUCUUUUAAAGAAAAUUUUAAUUGGAACAAGAACUAUUUUAAGGCUUUUACAAAAUUAUUAAUAAGAAAGUAAUCCUCUUUAAAUAAUAAGAAUAAUGAAUAAUUUUCUGCUAAUAUAAUUUGUAAGUAGUAACCUUAUCUUGAACAUACUUUUGGAUUACUACAUGAGUGUAGACAUCCUUCAAUCUUAAAGAUCAUAGGAAUUUAUGAAGAUCCAUCUAAUUAUAUCAUAGUUACAGAUUACUAUGAAGGAGAACCCAUAUUUAAUGCACUUAUAAGAGGCUAACAAUUAUAAGAAUUUGAGAUUGCAUCUGUAUUAUUGUUUGUUUUUAAUAAAUAUUUUUAGCUAAUCUAUUAGAUAUUGAUUCUACUUCGUUAUUUAAAUGAUCAUUAAGCUUAUCAUGGUAAUCUUGGUGCUCAUAGUGUAAUUAUAAAUUAGGAUACUAUAACUAUAGAUAUUAUAAUGAUAGACUUUGUCUAUUUUGUAUAUAAUAUAAAUAAUUUUUAUAGCCUUUUAAAUAAGGAGAUGACACUAAACAAUAUUGGAAUUGGGUUAGUUAAUUUUAAUAAAAAAGAAAUAUGGAUAGUGAAAUUCCAGGGAUACAUUCUGAUUUAUAUUAAUUAGGAAUUUUAUUGUAUAUGAUUACUUUUUUUCCAAAAGAUGUUAAUAGAAUGGAAGUAUUAAAUAAAUGAAAAAUAGAAUAAGAUUGAAAAUAAAAAGUUUUACUUUUAGUAUAUGAAAGAUCUCCAUAUUGAUUAUGAUUUGAUUAAUCAAAGUAUAGAAAUAUUAGCAGGUUUGUAAAUAAAAUAAAAAUUAGAAUUGAAAACAUUAAAUGAAAAUUAUAAACAUGUUUUUUCUUUGAGCUAAUUACAUUUGAUAAAGAAACUACUUUCUUAAUGUUCAUUAACAGAUGCACUCAAUCAUUAAUGGUUUAUUAAUACUUAAUAAAAAUGUAAAUCUCAUCAUCAGCGUUAAGGAAUAACAAAUCUUAAAACAAUUAUUGAAUAGAGAGAAUUUAGUGAUGAAGAAUAUAGUAUUUCAUAGAAUAAAUAAAAUAAUAUUUAGAGUGAGAAUUGUGAAUCAAGUAAGUUAUUUUAAUGAGCAUUCAGUUGAUGAGUAUCCAACUCUUUAAUAUUUGAUGAGAAACAUCUUAGAUUAUGAAAAGGCGCCAUGUAAAUCUCACCAUUGUUGAAUAUAAUUAAUUAAAAUAACUAUGUUAUAAGCUAAACCCAAGAUUAUUGCACAGUAACCUGUUUACAAAGAUUUUAAGUAUACCAAAUCAUCUAAGUCUUUUAAUCCAAUAAACACACUCUUUGGAAAUUAGUAAACUCCUAUUCUUCAAAACAAUCUAGGUUUUAAAUUUAAUUAAAAAAAUUAGCUAUACCAUUAUACAAAGGUCAUUUCAUUAAUUUUCAUCAUGAGGAAAUAUAAUUUGAUAAUUCUAUUACUCUUAGUGGUAUAUAAGAAGGUUUUUUAUACUUUGUAUUUAAUUCAAGAUAUUUGAGAUUUUAUUUUUAUUCACCCAUUUAGGCUGAUCUUAAUUAUUAUUAUAAUACAGUAAUAAUAUUUAUCAUUAUUUAGGAUGGCAAGAAGUACAAAUUUCCAUUAAGAAUGAAAGAAUAAUAAAUUAAUCAUACAGAAUAUAUUUCGGCGGUAGCCUUUUAAUUUUAGGAUAAUUAAUGGACAAUGGCUAUUGCUUCUGAGUUUUACAUUUUUUUAUACACUUUUAAUGGUGAUUUGGAGAAUUUUUAAAUGCUAAAAAAAGGGUUCAAUAUUAAUGGAGAAAUUGUAAAUCAGAUCUUAUUUUACCAAGAGAAUCUCAUUUAUGGAGGUAAUUUAGGAUAUCUAACUUGUAAGUCUAUAGACACUGCUUAGAAUUAUACAUCUUAAUUGAAAGAAAGAAUAAAAAAAUAAUUUAAUAGAAUAUUUAAAGAUUUUACACCUUGGACUUCAACUUAAGGAUUAAUAUAAUUAAAAGUAUAAGAAGAAUUCAAUAUAUGUUAUGGUUUAUUUGAAUAAUAUGAUUAAGAAGAUAAAGUAUGUGAUACUUAUGUAGUUAUAUAUGAUAUUAGUUUAAAAGAAUAAUAAUUUACAGAAAUUGUUAGAAUUAAAUAAUCUAAUGUCUAUAAUUUUAAUGCUGAAUUAAAAAAUACAUUUGAUUUAGACAAUCUUUAAUUUUAACAUAUUCAUUUUGAAAAAUAAUGGCAUACAAAUAAUAUAUUAAUGAUUAUUACUACUAAAGAUUAACUAUAAAUUUAUUUCACUUUUGAAGUAUAAGAUAGAUGUAUUAAUGAUGUUAACUUAUAUUAAUCAAGAAUUAUUAAUUCAAAUAAAUCAUAAGAUUCUAUUAAACUUAAAUCUGAAUAUUCUAUAUUCUAAAUUAAAUAUCCAUAUAUGAAAUUUGAUUAAGAAAUACCAUAUGGAGUAUGUCUUGAUGAAAGUAGAACUUAAUAUAAACAAAAAGAAAUGUUAAGUAUUUAAUAAAAACAUUAAUUAAAAUCUGUCUUUAGAGAUGAUCAUAUAGCAUUGUAUCAUUUAGACAAUUACAUUAUAGCAUAAUUUAUUGAUAUGGCUCAUAUUUAAUACAUUAAAAAUUUAGAAUAAUAAUUGUCUAAAUAUAAUUCUUAUAAUUAAUUACAAUAUUCUCUUUAUAGAGAUUCAUCUAAAGAAGCAGUUGAAAAUAUUGAAUUGCAUUCUGUAAAAUUAAAUUAAGAAUUUCCAGAAAAUCUAUAUAAUCUUGGAAGAUAUUCUAUUAAAUAAAUAUUCAAUCAUUCAGACAUUAAUGAAUCAUAAUUAUAUAAUUUACCAGAACAUUAUAUAUGUAUAGCUGAUCAUACAAUAGAAUUUAUUGUAAGAAUGAGACCAGUCGAUUUCUUUUUCACUGCUAUUAAAGUUACACAUUAUGAUUUUAUCAAUUAAGCAUAUGAAGAUUUCCCUUUAGAAAAAUUAAUAAGAGCAUAUGGAAUUGAAGAAAGUUGUGCAUAAAUUUUAUAAAUAAUAAUUUAAGAAGAUUCUAUAUUUUAUAUUAAUGUAGAACUUUAACAUUAAUAUUAACUUGACUUAUAAAAAGCAUUUUAAAGAAUACAUUUUUCAGAAAAUAUUGAUAAAUUUUUUGAUGAUAAUGAAAAGAUACCUAUUUGGGUUACAGGUUAAGUAUAUGUUACUAAAGGAUCUACAAUUAAAGAUAAAGCUAUGAAAGCUUAUUUUUCAUUAAUCAAAAGAUCAUUAUUAAGUGAAGAUAGAAAUUUAAAAUCUAAAAAAGUAUUUAGUACUUCUUAAUUAAUUUGGAAAAUCUUGGCACCUUUAACAACUAAGAAGUUUAUAGAUGAGAAAGUAUAUAAUUUAGAAUGUAAUUAACCAAUAGAAAGUUAUUCUAUUUAAUAACUUUAAAUGGUUUAUAAAUAAAUAGAGAAAUUAUUAAAAUUAUUUGAAAAUGAACCUAAUUAUUUCUAAAAAAGAAAAUAACAAAUUGUUGAAUCAUCUUAAGAAGAAUAAAUAUAAUAAUUAAAUUAUAAAAAAGGAUUUAAUAAACAUAUUUAUGAAUCUUUUGAAUUAAGUUCAAAAUUAGAUAUUUCAAGAAGUACAAAUUAUUCUGAUUAAUCUCUUGUAUAAAGUGUUAAUGUUGAUAUAGAACAUGUAAUUUUAAUUCAUUAUUUUAUAUUAGACUUAAAUGAAAGGACUCUAUGAUUUUUGUCUAUAAAUUAAACAAUUAUUACAAUUUUUUGUCUAUUUCUUUGGAGAUCUCAAUGGAAUAAGAAACAUUAUUAAUAGUUAUUCCAAUAAAUAAUAAUUAUUUGAUUUAUCAGUAAAAACUAUACUUAAUGCAGAACCUUCAAGUCUACUUACAUUAAAAUAAUUAAUGAUUCAUAUCAUUAAAAGUGAUAAAUCAAAAUUUAGAGAUAUGGCAUAAUAUAUGCAUGUAAAUUUCUCAGAAUAUUUUACUAUUCAAGACUUUAAAAUUAGUCUAGCUCAAAAUUUAUUUGAUGAAAUUUUAUAAUUUGCUGCCUAAAAGAGUAUUAUAAUUUAUUUAAUCUUUAGAUAUUAUAAAAUUAAAUCCUAAUGAAUAGAUUCAUGAAAAAAUUAAAAGAAUAUUAAGACUUUCAAAGACUCCUCAAAUUACUUUUGAAAAAGUACUUGAAAAAAGAGAAAUAUUUAUCUAUUAUAAAGAAUUAUAAGCUGAAUUAUAAGAAUAACUUAAGGAAGCAUUAAAAUCAGUUGAAGAAGUAAUUUUUGCUAUUUCUCAUUCUUAUUUAACUUAAAGUUUUCUUAAUUACAUGUUUCCUUUUGGUACUUUUAAAUAUUAUAUACAAUUUCUUGCUUCAAAAUGUCAACAAUAUGAAAAAGAUCAAUUUAAUGAUGAACAUAGAAUUUGCUUCUUAGAUCUUAUAUAAUAAUAUAAUAAUCUUAUACAAUAUUAUUUAGAUCCUCCUAAAGGUUUAACUAAAUCCUAAGUAUAUGAUAUAUUAAGAGAUUCUUUAUAAAUAUUAAAUUAGUAUUAAUUAAUAACUGCAACAGAAGUUGUUAUAAAUAAUUUAAUAAAAUAAUAAUUAAAAGAAUUCAUAGCAUAUAUAGAUUAUAAUUAAGAUUUAGAAUUAUAAUGUAAUGAACUUGAAAAAUUGUAAAUUCAAAAAAAAUAAUUAUUAGUAAAAUCAGUAAAAGGAGAUAAUGAAGCAGUUUAUUAAUUAAUACAAUUAUUAUUAAAAUUAGCAUAAUUUUCUUUAGUUUAGAAUUCAGAAAUGACUUUAGAAGAUAUUUAAAAAGUUUUACCUUUAAGAAAACGUUUAAGAUAUAUAUUUAAAGCAUAAGAAUUUAUAAAAUCUACUUAAAAAAAUGAAUUACCUAAUGAUAUUCUACAAUUUGAGAAAUAAGCAUAAGAUUUAAGCAAAAUACUAUUUCUUUAAGAUAUUAUGUAUGAUUAUAUAGUAACUAAUAAUAAUGAAGGUAUAUAUAAUGUUAAAAACUUUUAGAUUAUUUAAGUUAGAAACGAAGAAUAUUAAUUGAGAUUUUAGAUUGUAAUAUAAUAAUGCAAUUUUUUGAAGAUAAUAAUAUUUGUUUUGGAUAGAUAUUAUGUAUGGAUUAUCUAGAAUAAAAAUAAUAGAAAUAAUUAUAUAAUGAAUUUUUUAUUGAUUAAGUUUGGACUAAUUUUAUUGUUUAUUCAUAUUAAGAAUCUAGAGAAUGGCCAUCUAAAAUAUUUAAGAUGUAAAUGAAAUUAGUAUUGGAAAAUCUAAUAAAUAAAGAUAAAUAUAUUAGAAUUUAAAAAAUUACAGAAACAUUUGAAUUAGUAAAUAGUAAAGAAUGUUAAGAAUAGAAAAUUACUUAACUUUCUACUUGGUUCUUUUUUGAAGUGUUAUUAAAUCAUAAUAUAAGUGAAAUGGAACUCACAUCUAUAUAUGUUAACAAUUUAAUUAAUAAUGUAAUGGUUUAGGAUAAUCCUGCUUAUGAAAGAUUAUAAAUAGAUGAAUUACAUUUAUAUAAAUUGUAAUUAAUUUAAUAGAUUUUAAUUCUAUUUAAUACUAUUAAAAAAAAUAAAUAUGAUAGAACUUAGUUUAAUGAAUUAUUAACAUAAUUUAGAAAUGCUUUUAAAGUAUAUAUUUAAUAUUUAUGAUUUUAGAAUGAAUAUAAUUAAUUUAUAGAUGACGAUGUUUAUGAUUAGACAAUAAUUGAAGAUUUAAAGAAAUAAAUUGAUUCAUUAUGA